AAUGCUACCAACUGCAUUUCACGAGAUAUUGGAAUUGGGGUAUAGAAAUGGUAAAAUUAAAGAUUCGAACGGGUCCUCCUCCACCGCCGCCAGAAGAACCGAAACCACAGAUUCCAGCAAGUGGAGUACCGUCGGCAAUUCCUAAAAUCAAAAUAAAAGCGCGAGAGCCCAAAGGUCCGCGGUUGACGAAAAUUCGUCUUAAACGUGUGCGGGAACCAGGCCUAGGAUAUGAUUCAGAAGCAUCUGAUCGAGAAGAAGAUCCGUACAUUGAAGAACAAAUCAUUCUUCGGAUGAUGCCAGGUGAAGACUGCGAGUACGUUCGUAAGGCAAUCGAAAACCGCGAGAUAGGCAGGGGAGCUGAUGUGUGGGUUAAAUUUAAAGACCAACGACGUGCUGUUGUUCAUGUCAAUGGACAUUUGUAUGGAGCUAAAUUAGUUGAUCUACCGUGCGUUAUUGAAUCGAACAAAUCAUUUGAUAAAAAAGUUAUUUUUAAAGCUGCUGAUAUCUGUCAAAUGCUAUUAGUUACUGGUCGCAUAGAGCAUGAAAACGAUGUACUGAAAACCACCUUAAAACAAUCUGAUUAUGUUUAUCCUCAUGGUCUUACGCCUCCUAUGCAUUGGGUUCGUCAAAAAAGAUUUCGUAAACGUGUUUCCAACCGCACCAUAGAAGCUGUCGAAAACGAAGUAGAUCGACUGCUUGCCAUGGAUGAAAGAGCGAUUAGCACCACAAGCGAACUUGUGGACCAUUCUAUGUUAGCCAGGGACUCCAGUGUUGCGUUGUCAGAAGAUAUUUCAUUUGACAGUAUGCAGACAACCGGUGUUGGUGUGGGUGACCAAGAUCAACGGAUACCUGGUGACAUGUUUGAUGGAAUGGACGAAGAUGAUUUGGCUGGCCAAAUCGAACAAGGAAUGCUUGAACUUAGUCAAGACACGAGAGAGUCUACUGCAGAACCCCAAGUUGCUGGUGAAGAAUCAGUCAGCGAUGAGGAGGAUGAAGAGGAUGAAGAGGAAGAAGAUAAUGAAGCCGAUGAUGAAACUCGCGAAAGCAAACGACAGACAAGACUGGUGCGCGAAUUUAUUUCCGAAUUGGAAUCUUCCAUCCAGAAACGUAGAAAAGACGCAGAUGAAGCUACGAAUCCCAUUUUACGCAAUCGUUUCCUGGCCGAUGUCAAUCGUAUGAUAACGGAAUUAGAAUUGAAACGGACCCAGUUAGUUGACAACGAUGACCAAAAUGAGUAGUUUUGCUUUAAAACCCUUGCUUUUGUUUCAAAUACUCCUUCUAUUCUCCUAAAAGUUUUGUACAUAUCAUGUAUGUUAAUGAAGUUAUUUUGAUGAUAUCCGUAUGUACUUUAUCCUAUGGUAAAAAAAGAAAAAAAAGAGGUCAUCAAGGAAUUCCAUAGGCACUCUCAUCUAGCUUUACGUAUGUUUGAAGUGUUUUGUAAAACGCUCAUAAACAGAGUUCACUUUCCUCAUCUUCCAAGGUCUUAGUUAUACCAUUUUACAUAUGAAAAACAUUUCGACUACAAAUACAAAUUUGCAU